UGGCCAUGCCAACAAAAAAAAAUUCGAUCGAAAUAGACAAUCUUUACGGCUUCAGUUCAUCCACGACCAUGACCUCUUCUAUCUCAAAGCAACGCCUCCGCCUUGAUUUAUGCCUUUUUAUCUCACAGUCUCUCUAUUUCUACUCUCCCCUUAUCCCACUCUCUCUUUCUCAAUAAUUUUCACUCUCACUUCCCAUUACAUUCUCUUUUACAUCCCAAUUCCUUUCAAAACCUCCAAUUUUUUGUCCUAUUACGCAAAUUACUACCAUUCAUACCUUAAAAAUGCAGUCCAUUGUGUUAAUUAACUUCUGGGUUCCCAAUUUCAGGAUGGAAUUAUUUAUACUUAUAAUAGGGAUUCACUGAUUAUCCUCAUUCUCUUUCGACUUCCCAUUUGUAAUUUCAAGCUAUUUUGACAAGUGGGGUGGUUUGGGUUUGUAAAUCUCAAUGUGUAAAAUGAAGGAAUCUGAUCACAAGAGCCAUUAUAGCCAUUAUUGGGAAAUGGGCUUUAGAUUUUCUGAUGAAGAGAAGGUUGAUAAGUUGAAGAACUCGAUUACUGUUUCGAGGUCUAGAAUGAAGGUAUGGAUGACGAGGGCUAUUACAACAGUGCUGCUAUGGACUUGUUUUGUUCAGCUUAUGGCUUUAGGGGAACUAUGGAGGCCAAAGCUCUUCAUUACUUGGCCUUCGCGUUGUUGCCAUUUUGAUUCUCCCAUGGCUCUUCAGUCUUCAUCUUCUUCUCUUCCUUACAAAGUUUUUCUUCCACCAAAAAGGGUUUACAAAAGCAAUGGCUAUCUCAUGGUUUCUUGCAAUGGAGGACUCAACCAAAUGAGAGCAGCGAUCUGUGACAUGGUUGCCAUUGCCAGAUACUUGAAUCUUACUCUAAUUGUUCCUAAUUUGGAUAAAACUUCCUUUUGGGAUGACCCCAGUGACUUUGAAGACAUUUUCGACUUAGAUCAUUUCAUAUUGUCGUUGAGAGAUCAGGUUCGAAUAUUGAGAAAGCUACCGCCAAGGCUUGAACGAAGAUUUGAGUCGAGAAUGAUUUACUCGCUGUCACCUAUUAGUUGGUCAAACAUGUCAUAUUACCUUAAUCAGAUUCUUCCAUUGGUCCAAAAGUAUAAAGUUCUACAUUUGAAUAAAACCGAUGCUCGACUUUCCAAUAAUGGACUGCCGAUUGAGGUUCAGAAGUUACGAUGUCGGGUAAAUUUUAAUGCCCUGAAAUUUACUUCUCAAAUUGAGGAACUGGGAAGAAAAGUUGUUCAAAUGCUGAGAAAUAAAGGACCAUUCUUGGUUCUUCAUCUUAGAUAUGAAAUGGAUAUGCUAGCCUUCUCUGGCUGCACCCGUGGUUGCACCAAUGAGGAAGUCGACGAACUCACGAGAAUGAGAUAUGCUUAUUCGUGGUGGAAGGAGAAAGUUAUCGAUUCUGAGCUGAAAAGGAAGGAAGGUUUGUGUCCAUUGACUCCUGAAGAAACUUCGCUAGUUUUAAGUGCACUCGGGGUCGAUCGUAAUGUUCAAAUAUACAUUGCUUCUGGAGAAAUAUAUGGUGGAGAAAGAAGGAUGGAAAGUCUGGCAUCUGCUUUCCCUAAUCUGGUCAGAAAAGAGACAUUGCUGAAACCAUCGGACUUGAGGUUCUUUCAGAAUCGUUCAUCGCAAAUGGCUGCAUUGGAUUAUCUCGUGUCAUUGGAGAGUGAUAUUUACGUUCCUACGUAUGAUGGGAACAUGGCAAAAGUUGUCGAAGGACAUCGUAGAUUCUUGGGAUUCAAAAAAACCGUUCUUCUCGACAGAAAGUUGGUAGUUAGCUUAAUAGAUCAGUAUAGCAAUGGGUUGUUGGGUUGGGACGAGUUUUCUUCAGCAAUGAAGGAAGGUCACUCUGAUCAUAAUGGGAGCUCAAAGACACGAGUUGUCAUUCCAGAUCGGCCUAAGGAAGAAGAUUAUUUCUACUCGAAUCCGCAUGAGUGCUUGGAAGCAUGGGAAUAGCGAUUGAGAAGCUCAUGAUAUCAUCAUCAAAGGAGAUUUUUUACAACUUGUAUAAUUGUUGAAGAAAACAGAAGAGAACUGAUAUCCUUGUACUUUUGGGAUGGAGAGGAGAGGCUUUUGGGUUAUCAUCUACUUGAAUUAUGAAUAAAUGAGUUAUUAAGAACACAAGGCCUCUUCUCUUGAUACAAAUUUUUAGAUUAGCAAAAGUUGUAACAGUGGGAAAUAACUGGAUCAUCCAAAAUUUUUAAUUUCUUCAACUAUGUCAACACCAAAAUUGAUGUCUUUCUUAAAUAAGUAAUAAAUCAUUAUUAC